AUGUCAAACUAUACCUCCCAAGGCUCAUGGGGCGCCCCGCCGUCCUACGAAGCAUCCCAGUCCUCGGACCCCAGUAACGAGGCAACGCGGGUCCCUCCGCCCUACCACAACUGGCAGGAAGCCAUCCCCGACACCGCGACGCUGCCGCCGCCCCCAACAACUGGCUACUACAGCUCCAACACGGGGAACGCCUCAGCCGACGACGCAGACCGCGCCCACGAGUACUGCGACAGACACCCGCUGCACUGGCCCGUGCGGCCGUCCAUGCCGGUCUAUACGUCCGUGCAAGAGCACGACAUCCGGCCGAUCAAGUCCAGCGCAUUCCAGGGGAGCAUCGCCUCGCCUUCCCCGGGACGCUGGAGCGGGUCGACGCGCGACCGCAACGGGGACUGUCUGGUGUCCACGCACCUACCACUGUACUUUGCGGCGCAGGACUCGCCCUUUCUCACGGAGAGGAGCAAAACGAUCUACUUCGAGGUGAAGAUCCUGCGGCUGCGCUCGGGGCCUGGCGCCGAUACAAGCGGGCUGGCUAUUGGGUUCGUGGCGCACCCGUACCCGUACUGGCGAUCGCCGGGCUGGGAGCGAGGCAGCCUGGGUGUCUUUUCGGACGACGGGUGUCGGUUUGUGAAUGACUCCUGGGGCGGCAUGGAGUUUACCAGCGCGUUCCGCGUCGGCGAGACCGUUGGUCUGGGGAUGACGUUUCAACUUCCUGACAAUGACACCCUGGUCCAAGAGAAAGGACGACAGAAGGCCAAGGUUGACGUGUUCAUCACGCGGGAUGGGCGAGUCGCGGGCGGCUGGAAUCUCCACGAAGAGGUGGACGCUGAUGCAGGGGGUGUCGAGGGACUGGAGGGGGAUUAUGAUCUGUAUGGCGCCGUUGGGCUGUUCGGCGGCGUUGAUUUUGAAGUGACAUUCGAGCCUAGGAGCUGGCUAUGGAAGCCGUCAGGGAUGUAG